UAACGCGCCGGCAUGUCCGCGCAGUUCCUUCCGCAGGCCGGGUCCCGGGCUGCGUCCAGGGGCGCUCCGAGGAAAUGCUGCACCGCCGACAGUUAGCGCACUCGUCCCGAAAUCGAACACCGGUUGGUCUUCUGCGUGGUUUCGCGGAUCUCUUUGCGAUGUAGGUGCCUCGUGGUUUCCGAUUCGCGAGUUCCCCGUCGAGGAUCCCUGCGCGUCGCUUCGGGUGACGGACUUCCCUGCCGUUACGCUGGCAGUCUCGAGAGGACGUCGGACAAGUGCCAACGUGUAAAUAGUCACAACAAUGACUAUGUUUCCUCAGUAUGUGUACAAGCUGCUGUGGCCGUCGAAGGCGACGGUUGACAGCGGAGUGGAGGAGCAGUCGCUGGAUGAGGAAAGCGGAGAUGGUAACCGCGUGUCCUCUGUGGGGGACACCCGCAGCGUGUGGAUUGGAGGUGCCCCAGCUACCGGAGAGCGCAUCAAGUAUCCCGACAACAGAGUCAUCUCUGCCAAGUACUCUCCAUGGAACUUCCUUCCAAAAAACUUGUUUGAGCAGUUCCGUCGUAUAGCAAAUUUCUACUUUCUGUGCAUAGCCAUUAUUUCGUUGUCUAUUGAAAGUCCAGUUAGUCCACUAACAAGUAUUUUGCCUCUCGUUUUUGUGAUAGUUGUGACUAUGGUGAAACAAGGUUAUGAGGAUUGGCUGAGACACUGUGCCGACAGAGAAGUAAAUGGUGCUCUUGUGACGGUCAUCCGCAAUGGAUGUGCUCAGAAAGUGAAGGCAAAACUGUUAUGCGUUGGUGAUCUGAUAAGGAUUGAAAAUGACAGUGACAUUCCAUGUGAUAUGGUGCUUUUAUCCUCUAGUCAGAAAGAUGGGAAAUGUUUUGUUACCACUGCAAAUCUUGAUGGUGAAACUAACCUUAAGACACUCCUGUGUCCCAAGCUGCUUCGUUAUUUCUCACAGCCAGAACAGUUAGCAACACUCCAUGCAUUAAUAGAAUGUGAACAGCCAACACCUGAUCUGUACAAAUUUUAUGGAAAAAUUGAAGUUUUUCCUGAUGAAGCUGUCCAGCUAAAUGGAGAAAUACCUCUUGGACGAACUAGUCUUAUGACAAUCAAAUCAAGUGAUUCAGACCAAGAUUCAAAUUUGUUAAGGAGUUCUUCAUCUCGUGUUAAUGGUGAUGUUCCUAUAGGUCGAAAUAGUGUUGUGAGUUUUAGAGCAAGCCAGAUCAGUACUGAUGCACCAGUGAAUAGGAAUUCUGUGAUUAAAGUGAAUAGUGAUGCUAGCAUUAGAACCAGUUCACUGAGCUUCAGAACAUGUCACAUGGCAGAAGACUCAGUGUCAAGGGAUUCCACUUCAUUAAGGAAUGGCUUGAAAAGGAAUUCUUCAGCAACACAGUUUGAAGAAUGUGACAAUGCAGGUAGUAGCAAGAGGGUGACAAUGAGGAGAAACAGUGUCCAGAGCAUAAGUUCUGUGAGACGACAUUCAGUUAGCUUGUCUGCACCACUGGGACCAGAAAACAUACUUCUUAGAGGUACAAGACUCAAGAACACAGAUUACAUAUAUGGUUGUGCAGUCUACACUGGCCAAGAGACCAAACUUGCUCUGAACUCAAAGCUCACAAGCAACAAGUUUUCUACUGUUGAAAGAUCGAUUAAUGGUUUCUUGCUGUUCUUCCUUGUGCUGCUCUUACUGGAAGUUUUUCUAUGUCUGGGGCUCAAAUAUGGAUUUGAGCUUGUUGGUGAUUAUGUGGCAGAUUAUUAUGUGGGUCCAUUACCACAGUUAAAUGGCCUCCAAGUAGUGGAGGACAUGUUUUCCUUCUUUGUGCUCUUCAAUUACAUUAUACCUAUAUCAUUGUAUGUUACAAUAGAAUUGCAGAAGUUUCUUGGCUCUCUUUUCUUUGGAUGGGAUCUUGAGCUAUAUUGUGAAGAGACAAAACAGGGAGCUAUAUGCAACACCUCGGAUCUAAAUGAAGAGUUGGGACAGGUUGAAUAUCUGUUUACAGAUAAAACAGGAACAUUAACAGAAAAUGAUAUGCAGUUUCGCCGCUGUUCAAUUGGGGGAGUGGCAUAUGUUGAGAAUAAUGGAGAACUAUUCAGGCUCACAGAAGAUGGCACAGAAAGGAACAGUAUUCUCUUACAGUGCAUGACACCAGAGAUAGAACACUUCUUGAUCGCUUUGGCCUUGUGUCAUUCAGUGCAGAUAACUUCUGGAAAUAAUGGCGUGAAUAAUAAUGACCAAGUUGAAAUGGACUCAAAAUUAGAUUAUCAAGCAUCUAGUCCAGAUGAAAAGGCACUAGUGUCGGCAAGUGCAAGGUGUGGCGUUGUCUUUCUUGGAGAAGAAGGUGACAUUAAUACUAUUCAGAUUAGAGGCAAAAUACGUAGAUACAAAAAGCUAGAUUGCCUCGAAUUUACAUCUGAUCGAAAACGCAUGUCUGUAAUAGUGGAAGAUGAGGAUGGAUUUAUAUGGCUCUUUUGCAAGGGUGCUGAGUCUGCUGUCAUUCCACUUGCAGAUGAUGGUCCAAAGCAAGAAACACAGCGACAUAUAACAGAUUUUGCUAUGCGAGGCCUGCGGACUAUGAUUGUUGGCUGUAGGAAGAUGGAUGUGGUUCAAUACAAUACCUUGAAGGCACAGAUUGAACUUUCAAGGCAGACUCUUAGCACAAGAAGGGAGUCAGUUGUGGCCAAAAGCUAUACACAAAUGGAAAGGGGACUGAUAUUACUGGGAGCUACUGGUGUUGAGGACCGACUGCAAGAUGGAGUACAAGAAACUCUGGAGAGUCUCAGAGCGGCAGGUAUCAAGGUAUGGAUAUUGACGGGUGAUAAAGUAGAGACAGCAGUAAACAUCUCUUACUCUUGUGGUCACUUCAAGGCUGGUACUAUGCAACUAUCCCUUACUGAACAAAGAUCAGAUGAAUCCUGCCAAGCCACACUUGCCUUAUUCAGGGCACAAAUUUAUGCUGAAAGACAUAAACAAUUUGGACUGGUUGUUGAUGGAGUGAGCCUGAGAUAUGCCCUUAGACACCCAGAAACUUUUAGAGAAAUAUGUACAGCAUGUACUGCAGUUAUUUGCUGCAGGAUGUCACCCCUGCAGAAGUGCGAGGUUGUGCAGUUAAUGAAAUAUUCUCCUAUGAAACCUGUCACAGCUGCAAUAGGUGAUGGUGCUAAUGACGUUUCCAUGAUACAGGAAGCACAUGUGGGAAUUGGAAUAGUGGGAAAAGAAGGUCGACAAGCUGUAAGGUGUUCAGAUUUUGCAUUUGCACGAUUCAGAUUUCUGAGACGCACUCUUCUUGUGCAUGGCCACUGGUAUUAUGAGCGCAUAUCAACACUUGUACUGUACUUCUUUUACAAAAACAUAUUUUUCAUCACACCGCAAGUCUUUUUCCAGUUCCACUGCCUAUAUUCAACACAGGCCUUGUAUGACAGUUUGUAUUUAACAAUUUUCAAUGUGAUUUGCACAUCAUUACCAAUUCUUAUAUAUGGUAUAUUUGAGCAAACACGUCCAUCAACGAAAUUAAUUGCCUACCCACAUUAUUAUAAAGAAAUUUCAAGAAAUGUGUAUAUGACUUGGUCAACAUUCUUCCAGUGGACAUGUUUGGGAAUAUGGCAUUCAGUGGUUGCUUAUUUCUUGCCAUGGCUGUUACUGGCAUCAAAUCCAGUGCUUCUAUAUGACAGUAGCCCAGUUGAUUUUGCUGGCUUUGGAACAAUAAUUUUUCAUAAUGUAAUGGUCGUCUGCAACCUUAAGCUGUGGUUGCAUAGCCAUUAUUGGACUUCACUUUUUAUUGGAUCACUCCUACUGUCAAUUUUUGGGACAAUCUUUGUUGUUCUGAUUUACAAUUUCAUCUUUUGGUCUAUCCUUGGAUAUAACUUGUUCUGGGUUUACAACAUGUUACUGGCAUCUCCAUCAUUCUGGCUGAUAUCAGUGUUGACAACAGUUGUAUGCCUCAUACCAGAUGUUACUUUUCCAUUGUUACUUGGAAAGAUAAAUUCAUACUUUAGAAAACUAAGUGAGCGAAGUCAAACUGCAAUGCAGUAUUUCAAUCCUAGAAGAAAAAGAACCAAUUUAAAUGAUACUGUAGUUACAAGAUGUUGAGGACAUGGAACUGCUGUAAGGCAAAAUCAGAACUACAGUAUGGAAACUAUGAAAAAGACUGCUCUUGACUGAGUACAAUCACAUGUACAUGUUUUUUAUAGUGAAAAGUGUACAAUCAUUGUGUAUGAACAAUGUUGAGUUUUCUUGCUGUGAUUAAUGCAUGUAGAUCAUGCUAAGAAUGAAUGAUUACUGUAUCAGUAUUCCUAUUUUUUGUACAAGUAAUGUGUCAUCAAUCUGUACAGAUUUGUAUACAAUUUUUCACUGAUAAUUAUAUUUAAGAAUGCUGUGUAAAUGAAUGUUUAUUUUAUGAAACUGUAAUAUAUUAGAUGAAGAAUGUAAAUAAUGUUCAUUUGUAAAUAAUGUGAGAGAGAACAUUCCAUAAUAUUUAUUUGUAAAAAGUUAUGA